AUGAAUAAAAACCAGGAUAAUUUUUUGACUGUAAAUAAAAAACUGAAAGAUUUUUUUGUUAUAAAUGAAGAGAAUAAAGAGCAAGAACAUUUUAUGAAUAAAGCAUCAAAUGAUUUUAUAAAUGAAGAAGCCAUGGAUUCUGAAUUUGAAAUAGAGUGCCAUGAUGAUAUGCUAUCACAAAAUAAAAUAGAAUCAUUAUUCUUAUUUUCUGGAAAAAAAUUUGGUACAUGGGAUGAAUGUGAGUUUUUUCUCAAUGAAUGGGCAAAGGAUAAAGGAUUUUGGUUUUACAAAUCAAAUACUGAAAAAGAUAUAGUUACUAAAAAGACACAAUAUCCUUAUCUUGUUAAUGCCUUAUGUUUUAAAAUUAACAAUAUAGAACAUUCCAUAUUUAUUAACAAAAUAGUUGAUACUCAUAAUCAUUUAUUGAACAAAAGCAGAGUUAUGUUCGAAGAUAAAAAACAAUUUACUGCCAAAAUGCUAGCAGAU